AUGGAUCCUGAUCAGACUUUCCUGCGGGUCCAUACUCGGUUGUCAGGGAUGCUGUCGCAGCUGCUGACCCCUCGGAUCUGCAGGGCGCUCGAGUACAUUCACCUGGGCAUCGCCGUGGCCCUGUUCGGAUUGCUCGUUGUUAUGCACACUAACUUCGUUCAGCAGGUAUGGGUGGGGGUUUGGGGGUUCGAAAGGGCGAAUUUAUCUCCACUUUAGUCACUCCUUUCCUAAAUAGGUAAUUUAGGCAAGUCAUGCACUGUUUUUAUAUUCUUGCGAAAAUCAUGCACUGUUUUCCCAUAUGAACCGGGAGACGUGAGAAUUGAGGACUGCGAUGGGUUUUAUUAGAAUAAUUGUUAUCAUCUUUUGCCUUUGAAAUAGAAUGGGUAAUUUGCUCUCAGCUUUUUAAUUAUUAGUGGGUAUUUAUUUAUAGUUCUUCCUUUAUGGGGAUUUAACAUUCACAUUGAAAGAAGAUGACGUGCAUACUACAACAUAAGUGAACGAACUUUUCGAUUAGCUUUAAGUUGUGCUUUGUGUUUUGAAGAUCAGACUCAUAAGGCAUCUGUUUUUAUAAGGCUUUCCCGAUGAUUUAUUUCUUUCAAUUAGUUUUCGAUGACAUUGAAGAAAUUUUAUUUAUAUGGAUAAUAUUGGAAGUUUUACUCUUGAAAGUAUAUUGGUGGUUGAGUGGCGUGCUUAAUGUGUAAAUCUAGAUCAAUUCACCCUCGUUACACAACAUCAUUAUUCAUAAUAUUUGUUGUCAUGCCUGAGCUCGAGUAAAGUGGUUACCGUGAGAAACAUUGGUUAUCCUAUUUUUGGUAUUAUUCACUCACAAUGAUUCUGUAUUAACUUUUCAUUCCUUAUAAUGCUAUGGAACCUCUUCUGUGGGACACGCUACCAUGAAUUUAGUUUCAGUGAGAAUAAAACAAGGGACACCUAGGUAGAGUAACCCUAAAAAAUGAUGUAUUGGAGUGAAGAUGGAGGCCAAAUUGUCUAAACCAUAUUAGUUGGAAAUUGAUGGUUCAGUUAAAAAAAAACUGUGCUUCAUUUUAAUUUAUUAAUUUGACAGUAACCCUUAGUUAUUGCUUUUGACCCUUAGUUAUUGCUUUUAACUUUUUUUUUUUAAAACUUGGGUUUUAUCAUACGAUCCGAUGGAAAAAUGAAUAAAGCUGCAUUACUGGAUGCUUAAGAUACUGAGGUGCAUGAACAAUCUUACAUGUGUUAUCCACUUAUAUGUUUUAAUUGAGACGGGGCUUCAUGUGAACGUUGAGGAAGUUCGUUCCUAUAGAUAGAGCUUGGAUAAAUUUAUCUGGGUUAAUAUUCUUCGUCCUUUCCUUUAUGUGGAACCGUGAGAAAUUUCCCUUCUGUAUUUCGUUUUCAUUGGGUUUCAACGUGGGAUGGGGAAAUGAUUGGGUCAUUGGAAUAUUAUGGUUUGAUGGGGGUGUAACCGCCGCGAGUUAGAAGAGACAUGACCUGAGUUAUUGAAUCAGUUGGUUCAGAUUGGUAGGGGAUAGCAAAUUUGAUUCCUAAGGGGAAACCUGAUGCACCUUGAGAGUUCAAAAAGCUAAAAAGGAAAAAAUAAUGUGGAUUUUGGUUGGUCUAAUUAUUUCCACAUUCUUUUCUGAUUUUUCCUUAUAAAGGUAGAAUCUGCUCGUUACUUGCUGUCUGCCAUUGUCAGAAAAUAAUGGAUGGGAGGGAAAAUCUUGGCAACGAUACUGAUGAGAGUAAAAUGAAAGACAGAAAAAAGCUUGAGGCAAGAAGAGAAAUGCUCUCUUGUUUCGCUGUCCAUGGCUUCCAACAAAUUCCAUUUGGAGGAUCAAUAGAUUUUGAGUCCCUUUUUUUUAAACAUCCAAUGAAUGUAUCAUUAUAAGUGAUCAGAAUAACCUUAUAUAUACUUUGAAAUGUAUUAUACUUCUCAGUCUGCAUCGGCUUACCUGAUCCAGUCUAAAUUAUAUCACGGUUGGACACAGCCAAUCUGAGAUCCAGCUCUAAUGAUAACAAUGUUGACGCCAUCCCACUGUAUAUUUCCUCUUCCUGAAGAAAUUGAUUAGAAGUUGAGGAUUUGGUAGCUUUAAUAAGGCAACAAACUAAGCAGCCUAAUGACUGUGCUAUUGUUUUGGAGUGACUGUUCAACUGCUAAAGAGUGGAAUGAGAUGGAAUUUUCACCAUGUCUCUGUUAUGGAAUCCUGAUAAUGCAAGUAGCUAGCUAGGGGGGGCAGCUGAUGAACUUAGAGAUUAUGGUUUUUAUCUUCUUCAUGCUUCUUUGAGUGUUAGUUCCCUUGAGAAUGGCUUAUACUCCUAUUUAACGUCUCAUUUAUAAAUUAAUGUUAUUAAACAUGAUGUGCAUGGUAUCUUAAAUUCUCUUUAGUACGUCCUAUGCCCAAUUUUGAUGCACUUCAUUUUAUCUCUGCAGCCUGGCUGUUCAGGUGAGUUAUCACAGAUUGACAUUUCAGGAUGCCAGCUUGUUCAAAUCAAGGUAUUCUGCUCUUUCGCAUGCAUUUCCUUUUUUCUUCAUCUAUUCGAUUUCUUAUGCCAAAUGUUUAUCUUGUUUCUCUUUCAUUUUCCCAGUCUUGGCUAACAAGAUUUACCUUUCAAAUUUUCAAAAUUUUUCUGCUCAUAUAAGUUCUCAUUAUUCCUCCUUUUUUAUGGACGCAUUAUGAUUAUAUAAUUACAUCGUUGUCUGUUUGUGCAGAUUACCAAGGGUGGACUUUUCUCUGAGGAUGUCACAAAUAAGAAUAUGAUGGAUAUGGAAAAUGAUAAUAUUUCAACAGAGAAAAAAGUGAUUCUUGAUGGUAAUGCCGACGAUUUCACAUCUUCAGCAGCAAAAUUUUUCUCUUCCUGGAUUGUGUCAAGUUCUAGAAGAAAAUCAAUUUUCAAAUCCUGGAAGAGUGAGAAAGAUUUUAAAGAUCCUCAGGUGGAUAUAGCUAAUUCUCACAUCACUAGAAUACCUCAGGAAAUAGAAAGUAGUGAUGAUGCAGAGCCACCGAGGACAAGUUUCCUUUUCUCUAAAAGGGAGUCGAUUAAAACAGCAAUUAUUUAUGUCUUUAGUAAGUGGCAGGUGCAUAUUUCUUACUUCUGGAAGAUUCUGAAGCAAUUAUCUAUAUUUGCACGUCGGCUAUGGGUGAGGAGCUUAACAUGAUGCAAUUUUUUUGGCUAGUCUUUUUUAUUUUAUGGCUGUGAAAAGCAUCGCAAGAUCAGCUUUCCCCUAUGACUUAUAUUUUAGGGAUUGUUUCAUAUUUUAUAGAAAAUUAUUUCUAUUCCAGACUAUUUGAUUUGCACUGCUAUCUGGAAUUUUUUUUUUCUGGUGAUUCACUUAAAUAAGAAACGUUAUUUGCUUCCAUUUGUGCCAGAAUCAUUAUUGGCUAUUCUAAACGCUAAGAGGCUCUUUUAUUUUUAUUUAAGAGGAUGUCAAUAUUAUUAAAAUUUGAUCUUACAGAAUGCUGUAGGGUGGAAUGUGAUAAGAGAUAUUCCAAGGCUCUUUCAAAUGCUUCACCUGCAACAAAUAAAGUUAUUUUUAGGUAAUGUUUCUAUAUCAUCAUGCUUUUCGUUUGAGGCCCUUUUUAUUUAGGUUAUUGAUUGCACAUUUCAACCUUUGGUCACCUUUAGUCAUCCAUCUGCAUCUGGAAACCAUGGAGAUUUGAUAUCUAUAUUUUCCAGGUUAUGGCCAGUUGUAAAGUUUUCAUGCAAGCGUUAGUUGAUAUACUCUAUACAUUGCAGUCCUCCCUCUGUGAGAUUUGGUUCCCUCGCGCUUGUUUCAGAACCAUAGGCUUCACAAACUUAAGGGUUUUGCUGCUGUUAAUAUGUUACAUCACAAACAAGCGUCUAAAAUAUAGAACAUGCUAAAUCUGUAUUUAAUUUAAUCCUUCUCCUUUUGUGUGGAGAUUGUUGGUAUCUGUGGAAGCUUUCCUUGCUAAUGUCUUCUUUUACAGUGCAAUGGCUUGAAAGAGGUAGCAAGGCAUCUGAGACAACUUACCUCUACACUCUCGAAAAGGUAUAUACUAAAUUUGGGUUUUUUGGUUUUUGAUAUCUGUAUGACACCUGAACGACGGUAUAACUCCCUUGAAACCGCUUAACUGUUAACUCUUGGUCAGGUCAGGAAUGUAGUUUUAAUCUGUCUCUGCUGAUAAUUCUGAUGUAGCACCACUGCCUGCCACAUUCCCAGGUUUAGCACUCCUACCUCUUGGCUGCUCAUGUCCCACUUAUCCCAUCCUUGUUGUCUCCAUUCUCCUUCCGUCCAACAUCCCUCAUCUCCCUCGGACCCUUUGGACUGCGCAAUACCCAUUGCUCUGUAUCUCCCGCCCAAGGAAAAUUUCUGGAGGUAUGUCUCUUUUACCCCGAGAGGGUCAGUCACCCUAGACUAUCUAAGAACAAGCCCUAGACUCUAUGGAACAACUCUUCUUUUUUCUUGUAACUUAUUUAACAUUGUAGACUAAGUGUGGUGUGGAUGUAAAAUAGAGAACUGUGUAAAUAAAAAUUGACACCUUCCCCUGUCACCCCAAUUUUCCACUCUCCAUAGACAGUCUCCAGUGUGAAGCCACCAUCUCCUCGUCCAUUGCCUCAUUCUCGUUCAGACUUUACCCAGCAUUGCUUGCUUCCUCACUACAGUCCUCAUGUUUGCACCAGUUCAAUUUUAUUGCCAAGCCCAGCCGACAGUAAGACUAAACACGAAUGAUAAAACUGUGGGCUUUCCGUGCUUUGAAAGAAUUUAAGUGGUUAAGUUGAUGUUGAUUAAAUAUUCCUGAGAAUAUUCCUCGUUUUUAAAAGGUAGUUUUUUUCAGAGGAUAAAAAACUACGAAUUAAAUUGUUUCACGGGAGUUGUAACAGAAAUUGAAAAAGCUUAUGGACUUAUCCACUAUUCAACUGUAUUUUUGGGAUCUAAACCUGAAUAUCCCAGUUUGCGUUUUUUGGCGUAUUCUCAAGAUCGGCAUGAUAUGUGAUAGCUAGAUGCUAUUCUGCUACUUAUAAUUAUUAGGGAUAAUACUUUUAGUUACUUUUCAGGGUUAUUUCUUGCUUCCUGAAGGUGCCAAAGCUCUCCAUAACAUAAAGACCGUUAACAUCAGCAUUUCUGCCCAGAAUUCCUGUUUUGGGAACAGGUCAGGCUGUUCUCAACCUUUUAGGACGUGGUUUUAAUAUUAAAUUUCGGAAGAAAGAAUGUGUCCUCGGAAGAGCUUAAGUAUUUUUCAAUACUCUUUUGGUGUGAUGCUAUAAGAAUGACCGUUUGGUUUUCUUUCUUCCAGGUGGCAACAGCAUCUUAUCAAUAGUUUUGUUGGCUAUGAUACCAUUCUGAUGAAUAGUUUAUUAAGCUUUCCAGGGAAAGGUGAAAGAACUUUCUUUGUCAUGGAUCGUUUGAAAAUAUGCCACAGUUCUAUGUGCAUCUUUAAAUAUCACUGAAUGCUACGCCAUGUCUUGUAAUUUUACUCUUCAUAAGUUUAGAAAUGGUUGUUGCAUCUAACUCGUCAUUUCGUUUCUUCUUUCUUGGUCUGACUAAAGUCAUUCUUAUGGGAUCCACUUCCCAUAUAUGUUAAUUUAUCUUCACUCUGUGUGAGGUGAAAAAUUGGUCCGCAUUCUCAGUUAAUGUAAUACUUUUAGACCCAUGUUCAAGGUAUUUUCCCUCCUGAUUUUAUUGCGAACUCUUUCAGGUUAUCUUUACAGCAGUCAGACUCAAGAAUUUUACUAUCUUGGUUAUGGACUUGAACCGUUGGAUGGUUCGUCAAGGUUUGGUGGUUAGUCAAACCUCUCUUUCUUCAUUAGACGUUUUAUGGCAACCUUGACUAUUUUACAUAUUAGGGCAUGCAAUCUUGUAUCUUAUAUAUUAUCUAGAAAUUUUUGCCUAUUUUUCAUCAAGUGCCUCAUGUUCACAAUGGUUCCAAGUGCCAGAAGUUUUUGCUGCUUACACGGUUCAAGAGUUGUUGCUUAUUAACUGUUUCUUUCUUCUUCUUCUGCUGCAGAUUACUUUCUGACCAAGGGUAGCGUGCUCAUUAUGUCAUUAUUUGUUUUCUUUACGACCACAAUGUCUGUUUCAUUUACACUGAGGGAGACACAAUCUCGAAUGCUGAAAUUCACUGGUAUUUGUUUUCGUACCAAAAUAGAUAUUAAUAAUUAAACGUCAGCUCUGAUACUGCCUAUAAUAUUCCAUAUCAUCUUACAAUGAAAUCGGCUGUCAUUUUCUCUGAUCAUUGCAGUUCAGCUACAACAUCAUGCCAGGCACAAUCUCCCAACUUUCCAGUUGAUUUUUGUACACGUGAUCGAGUCACUUGUUUUUGUACCAGUGGGUCAACUUUCUUUUUUGAAGACUUCUAAGACUACUCAAAUUUAUUUAGCAUAUGUGAAGUUAUCUUUUGUUUAAUGUACUCUUUUAUCUUUCUCAAUUCUGAACUAAUGCACUAGUUCUUUGCCCACAGAUAAUGAUCGGCAUCCUUUUCUUCUUGUUCGAGUUUUACGAUGAUCAGAUGCUUGCUUUCUUGGUCCUAGCCCUUGUUUGGCUGUGUGAACUUUUUACAAUGAUCAGGUAACCCGCCUUCUUCCUGUUCAUUUAUCUACACCUCCAUCUUUUAUUUCUUUAGUUGAAAAACCUGCCAUUCCUUCCGUAGAAAGUCCUCACGAUUCAUAGCUAUAAUGCUCUUCCAAAGUGUUGUAGUAUCCCCGGAGGUUUCUGUUCACAUUUGAUGUCCGGCUGUUCUUUUGCAGUGUCCGGACGCCAAUUUCCAUGCAGUUUUUUCCACGCUUCUUCUUGCUCUACUUCUUGGUGUUCCAUAUUUACUUCUUUUCUUAUUCAUAUGGUACGCUCUUCUUCUCUUUCUAUUCAUUUGUUUUCUCUUUAAUAUUUCAGCAACUAAUAUCUUCUGCCCCCAGGUUUCUCUUAUUUGGCUUUGUUUACCACUGCCGCCUUCAUGCAGCACUUGAUUCUAUAUUUCUGGAACCACUAUGAGGUAAUCGUCUUCAUCUUCCAGUAGAAAAGCAAUAUCUUUUCUCAUUACGACCGCUGCCUUCCAAGACUGAGUAGUAUAUUUCUCUGGUGAACUCGCCGCAGGUCCCAGCCCUACACAGGUUCAUGAGCAGCCGAUCUCAUCUGCAGCAGCAGGCAGGUGUCCAGAUCACCUCAUCCACCAUAGUCACCUCCACCCUGCAUAUCGCCAGAGUAAAUAUGGGAAACCAAGGUAUUCUGGGUACUGAUCCUGGGAUUGACCCCGGGCCCCAAAUGGGGCUCAAUCCUCUUGAACCCGACCCUGAUGAAUCUACAGAGACCAGUGUCCUUGAACCACGGCCAGCCAGCGGCCCAAACCCAAUUUCUUCUCCCCUUCAGUUCCCGGAGCUAAACAUGCAGCAGGCAGCUGCGGCUUCUAACACCGGCCCACUAAAUCCCUUUGGUUCGAUGCUGCUUUCCAUCUUGGGGGGUGCAUCUUCGGAGGGCCUCGUUUCCUUUUUCUCCCUGUUUCGAGAUAUACGAGACCCACAUCAGAUUUAUGCUGAGCAACAACACCAUGGAGACGAACCAGCUAUGUAA